AUGCCGGGGGUCGUUGAUACUCCCGCCGGCCCAAGCUGGCCAGGCCUGGGCUACACGGUUGCGCACCAGAAGGUCGAACUGGAGGUAGACUUCGCAAACCGGAGUCUCAAGGGCAAAACGGAGAUCAUCAUUCACCCUCAUUACAAGGACCUGCGCACUAUUCGAUUGAAUUUCCGACAGGGAGAACUGAAGCGUCUAAAUGUCAGCGGAAAGGUGCCUACCGUCAAAUACACCGACCCUUACGAGUCGCUCCAACUCUACGGACCCCAUUAUCACCAGCGCCUAUCGUCGAAAAUAGAUGGCCUCCUCAAACCCCGACCCGAACCCGAACUCCUCUUGACCCUCCCCAAAAGCGUGCGCAUCGAAGAGCUCGAUCCUUUUUCUACGGAGGCCCAAGAUCAGAUGGCACUCCGUGCUCCUGGAAUAGCCGAUGAUACGGAAGGCCCUUUAAGCUCGAAGGCUGCGGAUACGUCCCUUCCGCGAUUCACGGCGCUUACGGUGAAUAUCGAAUUUAUCGCCGAGAACAUACGGGAUGGUUUGCAAUUUGUUGGUGUAGAGAGUGGUGACAAGCGCUAUCCGCACGUUUAUACCACAAACUCUCUUGAUUAUGGGACUGGAUGCCCGCUUUUCCCUUGUGUCGAUGACCCUUCCUCGCGUUGCACUUGGGAAAUAUCGAUCAAGUGCGCGGCUACGCUAGGCGAUGUUUUCGACCGCAAGUCAAAGGAUCAAUCAAGUGGUGGAUCUGGGGCUCGUCCAAAAUCAAGCACGAAUUACGAUCGAUUCAUUGCACCCGACGACGAGGCCAUGGAUAUGUCAGUGGUCUGUUCUGGGGACUUGACGGAUGAUAUUAUUGAUCCAAGAGACCCCAGCAAGAAAACAGUCUCGUUUGCUUCUUACUCCCCUCUUUCUGCCCGUCAAGUCGGAUUUGCUGUUGGUCCAUUUGAGUAUGUCAACCUCGCCGAUUUCCGUGAAAGCGACCAAGACGAACAACUUGGUCAGAAUGCCAUCCCGUUGCAUGCGUUUUGCCUACCAGGAAGAGGUGAUGAAGUUCGUAACACCUGUUUUCCGAUGGCAAAGGCCAUCGAUUAUUUCUCAUUGACAUAUGGAUCAUACCCGUUUGCGAGCUACAAGAUGUGCUUCGUCGAUGACGUACCGGAGGAUACGUUACCAACGUCCUGCUUCUCAAUAUGUAGCAGCCGUCUUCUGUUCCCGGAGGAGAUAAUUGACCCCAUGUACGACUCGACUCGUGCAAUCACCCAUGCGCUUGCCGUCCAGUGGAUUGGUGUCAAUAUUGUGCCGAAGGAGGCGGUUGAUACUUGGGUAACAGUUGGCGUUGCUUGGUAUAUGACAGAUACCUUCAUGCGAAAACUCUGCGGGAACAACGAAUACCGCUUCCGACUAAAGCAAAUGUCGGAUCGGGUCUGUGAUUUGGACUACGAGCGUCCAUCUGUGCACGACAUGGGAAAUAUCCUCAGCAUAGACCCAUCAGAGGCCGACUUCAUCGCGCUCAAAGCGCCGAUUGUCCUGUUUAUCCUGGACCGGCGCCUCACUAAAGCCAGCGGAAAGGCAACAAUGUCCCGAAUCAUCUCUCGCCUUUUCUUAAACGCUCGCAUGGGAGAAAUACCCAAUGGAUCCGUUACAUCCUCUUAUUUUCAAAAGACUUGCGAGCGACUCGGACACGCAAAGUUGGACACAUUUUUCAAUCAGUGGAUUUAUGGUGCCGGGUGCCCUCGAUUCCAAGCAACUCAAAGAUUUAAUAAGAAGAAAUUGGUGGUAGAAAUGAUGAUCAAACAAGUUCAGUCUGAUCAACCAAGUGCUCGUGACUUGGAGAAGGAUGCCUUCAUGCGCGACGUCAAAGAAGAAAUUCGGAAUGUGUAUGCUGGCACAAUACAACCCGUUUUUACUGGGUCCAUGACGAUCAGAAUCCAUGAAGCUGACGGUACCCCUUACGAACACAUCGUCGAGAUCAAGGAGGGCGUCACGAAAUUCGACAUACCCUAUAAUACGAAAUAUAAAAGAUUAAAAAGGAACAAGCGACAAAAAGAGCGCGCUGCGGCCGUUAUAGGUGCGGACGGCAAUACGGAGGUACAGGAGGAUAUCCUGCUCUAUUGUCUUGGGGACGUAUUGCAAACUGAGGACGAAAUGCAACAAUGGCGACUCGCAGAUUGGAGUAAAGAGGAUGAAGAAAGGAUGGGCCAAGAAUCUUACGAAUGGAUUCGCAUGGAUGCAGAUUUCGAAUGGGUUUGCAAGCUAUCACUGGUUAUGCCUGGAUACAUGUAUCUUUCGCAGCUCCAGCAAGACCGUGAUGUGGUAGCUCAAUUAGAGUCUCUCCAGUAUAUGGCCGUCCAAAAGGAGCAUCCUUUAAUAUCAACCAUCUUCCUUCGAACACUAAUGGAUCGAAGAUACUUUCACGGGAUCCGUGUGGCUGCGGCACGGGCUUUAGUAAAACAUGCCAAGGAGGAGAUAAAUUGGCUGGGACUUUAUCAUCUCGAGAAAGCUUUUCAAGAAAUGUUCUGUCUACCAGACUCCCCUAUGACUAGGUCAAACGAUUUCUCAGACAGGGCCGCGUACGUUCUCCAACUAGUCAUUCCAGAGGCGAUCUCUCGAGUUCGAGACGUCAGCGGCAAGACCCCAAUGAGAGUUAAGCGGUUCCUUUACGACAAGCUGAAGUUCAACGACAACUCAAACAAUGAGUACUCGGACAACUUCUACGUCGCGACACUGAUGAGGUCUCUAUGUCAUGCCAUGCUGGGAAGAGUUGAAACCCGCACCGACGAACUCAAUGACUUCGAUAUGGAAGCUGUUCUAGAAGCCCAAGCCGAAGAACAACUCGAAAAAGACGCCGUGGCAGAGAUUGACCGUUAUAGAAGAAUGGACGAGUGGUCGAGCUCAUUCCAGAACCUGUACUCUCGUGCGGCUCUACAUUGCCAGAUGCAGCUUAUGCAGGCCAAAAUCGCGGAUGCCGAUGUUAUGCAGUUCUUGCCCUACACACGGGUGGGCACUUAUGACCUCCUCCGCCUAGACGCCUUCGAAUGUCUUGUCGAACUCGAUAUAUUCCAGAGUCCUGAGUUACUUCGAUGGUUUAUCUUCACCCUGUCCAACGAUCCCUCGGUAUGGCUUAGGUGGCGGCUUCACGGCUUGCUCGGAAAGGCGCUCGCGCCCGUAGCAUUUGGGCGCAGCGUUGUCAAAGAGCCAUCGACAGCUGCCGAUGGCUUAAUCAUUGAGCAAGAGUCCUCAACGGAGCUUCGACAGGCGGACCUCGCUCGAAGACAAACUGUCACCGGAGCUUUGGCUGCCCUUAAGGCAGAGGUAUCUGGCGACCAAGUGCUCAAGGAGUGCCUCUGGGCCGCAUGCAGCACCCCAGCAAUUGGUGUAUUGGAGCUUUCCGAGCUCACAGACCUAUGCAGAGUCAUAUACGAUCCCAUAACCUCAAAGAAGGUUGCCCUUAAAUACCCCAGGUACUGGGGCGUCAAGCACCUCGGAAAGGGCCGCCUUCAUUUCUUCCGCACGAACAAGGCCCGGACAUCCCUCAACCCCUCCAAAUACUCAACUACAUCCACAAAACGCAAGAGAGAAGACGCAUCAGCUGCUCCUCUUCGAGUCACUUUCAAGCAGCCAAAACCCAACCACGGCACUCCAUCCUCAAAUACCCCAGGUCCAAGUUCCUCGCAAUCAAAACCCAAGCUCCACCUCCCGAAUUUCGCCGCGGCCUCAACACAAGCCUCACAAGCCUCACAAGCACCACAAACUCCAGCAACCCCAUCUACGCCUGGCGGUGGGCUCAAGCUGAAAUUGAAAAUCGGAUCCAAACAAUAA